AUGUGUGCUGUAACCAGCACGUUACCCAAGAGGGCUUGUGCGGGUGAGAAGCCCCUUACCCUAGCAGAUGUGUUUCAGGGAGAGCUCUCAUCACCUGUGCCGUUGAGCCUAAAGCUAUACACUAAAAUGACAGCUGUGUCUGCUACUCAGUACACCCUCUUCACCUUGGAUGCUGAUAACUAUGAGACUGAUCCAUGUCUGAAAGAGAUUCGAAGAGCAGAAAAUUAUUCUUGGAUGGAUAUAGUGACCAUACAUAAAGACAAGCUUCCAAAUUAUGAGGAAAAGAUAAAAACAUUUUAUGAAGAACAUUUACAUCUAGACGAUGAAAUUCGCUACAUCUUAGAUGGAUCUGGCUAUUUUGAUGUUCGAGACAAGGAUGACAAAUGGAUCCGGAUUUCCAUGGAAAAAGGAGACAUGAUAACCCUCCCUGCUGGCAUAUAUCACCGAUUUACACUGGAUGAGAACAAUUACGUGAAGGCAAUGAGGCUAUUCGUGGGAGAACCCGUCUGGACAGCAUACAACAGGCCGGCUGAUGAUUUUCCUGCUCGGAAACAGUAUAUGAAGCUUUUGGCUGAGGAAGCACAGUAAUGGUGCCUGAGACCUGACAGGUGGAACAGCCUGAAGACCUGUCAGAAUAAAUGUGACUGGUGGCUUUUCACUGAUUAGACUACUUCUAUUUACAUAUACGCUUAGAAUCACAGAAUCAUAGAAAAAUUUAGGUUGAAAGGUCAUUUGGAGGUCAUCUAGUCCAACCCCCUGGGACAUACCAGGCCGACUGCAAAGUUAGACCAAGUUGCUCAAGACCUUGAGGUUUGGAAACCUCCAAUGGUGGAGGUUCCACAGCCUGUCCGGGCACCAGUUCCAGCACUUAGCCGCUCUCGUAGGCAAGCAUUUGUUCUCCAUGGCCAACUCCCUGGUCGCAGCUUGCGAUUGUUGUCUCUUGCCCUUUCAUCGAAUGCCUGAGAACAGCCUGACUGUCUUCUCUGCAGUCCCUUCUCUAGUGGGAAACUGUAGUUAGGUCUUCUCUCAGCCUUCUCCAGGAUAGGCAAAACCCGUGCCCUUAGCCGGGCUGUCUGCACCCUGAGUUGUUAAGGAAGAUGUUCAACACACUUUGCCCUAAUUUUGACUACUGAGG